UGUGGAACAAGUGCUGAAAUAUGCUUAUCUAUUGUAAUUUGGCUACGUUAGCCUUAGACAUGUUGCACUGUUGACGCUGAUGAAGAAUAGGCGGCACCAAAGCUUUGAAGACUAGUAUCUUUUGAAAUUGAAAUUUGCCUCUCAGUCUCUCAAGAAUCAAGAUGCCAAAUAGAUGUGCAGGAUUUGAUUGCUGACAAACCAGGGAUGAGGCUCAAGAGUCAAGAGAUCACCCUGCAUUGGCAAGUGGCUGGAACAACCCCAGUGCCGCACAGUUCUGCGGGAUAUUCCGGCACCUGCUCCACCGCUGCGGCGUCCGGCCCGGCAGCACAGGGAAAGUGGCAGCCCUCGACACGACCAGCAUCCUGGCAGUCGGUCACACGACCAGCGGACGGGGAGCCAGCCUUACUACCUCGGCCUCCACCACCUCAGACAACGGUGCCACGGCACUCCACAUCAUCACGGAGCACGACUUCCAGCCUGGGCUGUCGUCUGGUGGGCAACAUCGUCACCUACAUCGCAGAGUUCGUGGUGAAGAAGGCGCUCGACUCUGUCAGCUGUAGCACCUGUCAGGAGGCCCUGGUGAGCGACAUCCAGCCGGACGACAUGACACAGCUUUACCACCUCUUCAUCAUCUCUGCCAGAUGAGCUAAGGUGGGGACGGGUUUCAUGCCUGGGAUCUGACUGAGACCCGCUCAUACCCUGCCGAAGUGUUGGUGAUUUCAGCGGUCAGCUGUCUCUAGCCGGUGUCAGUGAGUCGCGGCCAGCUGCCGCUGGAGUGGGUAUCUACCGUCGAUAGCUGCUGUGUGGCGGAUAGCGUGGAUUUGGAUGGACACUUCAUAUUAAUGAACAGAUCAAUGUCUGGCCGAUAAAAGACGUAUUUUGUCGAUGAUUGCUUAGUGACUGAGUGGGUCCACUGGCGACCAAUGCAGUGGGCGCUGGGUUAACGCCUCGCCUCUUGUGACCGUGUCGAUAUGUAGCACUGUUAAUUGCCGAUUCGUUGCCGGCCGUCUCUGCUCCGUGGCUGGCUGAUCCGGCACAAACUGGUGUUCGUGGCUGAAGGCGCGGCUACAGUUACACUAGCUCGCCACGUGCCUGUGCGACUAUCGUCGGUGCUGUCUGCAAGGGCGAUGUCGGUGCCUGUAGGGGGCGCGGAUUGAUUCAAAGUGAGGAAUGGGUCAUCGGA